GGUUAGUCGCAUAUGUAAAAUGAAGUGUCUAAAUGUUCAAACUAUCGGAACUGUAAAGGUUGUUUUCUACAGUUUUUUAUAAACUAUUGUACGCACAAUGUCAAUGUGGAUGUAUCUAGAAAAGGUGCAAUACUUAUUUGAAACGUUUAUACGCGAAUAUUUGUAUAUUAAAGCUUUUAAAUUUUAUAUAAAUUAGAAUUAGAAUGCAAUAAUAACAAGAUUAAUCAAGCUGGGUCUCAAAAAUUGUCUGUGAAAUUUUGUGUCUUAAAAUUAGUUCAUAUUCUGAGUCGAAAAGAAGAAUUAAACAUCUGUCACUUAAGAUCGUAUUUCCGACCUGUCUUUUCUAGUGCAGAACACAGAGGAGGUUACACACAAUCGUGUAGUUGUGGAAGCAUUGAUAUAAAGAAAUGGCUUUCGUUAAAGUUGUUAAGAACAAGCAAUACUUCAAACGGUACCAAGUUAAGUUCAAGAGGCGUAGGCAAGGAAAAACUGAUUACUAUGCUCGUAAACGUCUCAUCGUUCAGGAUAAGAACAAGUACAAUACUCCCAAGUACCGUUUGAUUGUACGAUUUUCGAAUCGUAAUAUCACCUGUCAGAUUGGUUAUUCUCGUAUUGAAGGAGAUAAAAUUCUCUGUGCUGCUUACUCUCAUGAGUUGCCAAGAUAUGGGAUCAAAACUGGUCUGACCAAUUAUGCUGCAGCUUAUGCAACUGGUUUGUUACUAGCCCGACGUCUGUUGAAAAAGUUGGGUCUUGACAAUUUAUAUGCUGGUAAUACUGAAAUUAAUGGUGAUGAAUACAAUGUUGAGAAUGUUGAUAGUGGACCAGGAGCAUUUAGGUGUUAUUUGGAUACUGGUUUAAACCGUACAAGCACAGGAGCCCGUGUUUUUGGAGCCAUGAAAGGAGCUGUAGAUGGUGGCUUGAACAUUCCUCACUCUACAAAACGUUUCCCAGGUUUUGACAGUGAAUCAAAAAGCUUCAAUGCUGAAGUUCACCGUAACCAUAUUUUUGGUAUCCAUGUUGCUGAUUACAUGAAGUCUUUGGAAGAAGAGGAUCCAGAGGCUUUCAAGAGACAAUUUAGCCAAUACAUUAAAUUGGGAAUCAAUGCUGAUCAAUUGGAAACGAUUUACAAAAAUGCACACGCCGCUAUUCGUGCUAAUCCAGAAAUGGAAAAGAAGGCAGACAAACCUGCUCCUACCACAACCAAGAGAUGGAACCGCAGGAAGCUCACCUUGGCCGAACGCAAAGACCGUGUUGCACAAAAGAAAAAAUCUUUCUUGGCCAAGCUCCAACAACAAGAAGCUUAAAAUUAUUCUUUUGUAUUUUAUCAUGGAUAUUGUAUUGAAUAAAUACACACACGAGGCUCA